AUGGCGUCGCAGGCCAUACGCACAACGAGAACGCCCAAGGCUACGAUAAUCAAACACAUUUCUACCGCGUUGUUAUCCGAACCAGUCCACAGGCCUCUCCAAACACCCUCGCCAUCUAUCGUCGCGAAGACCCUGACCCAAUACCUCUUCGGUGAAACCACACUCCCGUCCUUUCUCCAGCGGUAUGGCGACGUCUUAGUGGCAAUCACCGGCGGUGCUGCGGCAGCAACAGGCCUAUGUUGGUUCUUCCAGCGUAACAAAGACAACCGCAAAAGGAUUCGACUAGCCGUCUAUCAUGUUGUCCGCACACUUCAGAUCAUGCCCGACCUACAACAACGUAUGGAGACUCCAAAUGAACUUUAUGAAGAAAUUGACAAUGAGGUGAAUCGGAUGGUUGGCACUUAUUUGACGUUAUCAGAGGGCGGAGCUACUGUGAAGAGGGCUAAGCGUAAGCUUUGGGAUGAUUACGAUGCACGUAUGAGGGAUGAUGGGGCUGAGAGGAGAGUAAGAAGGAGGCUGGACAAUGCGGCGGCCGAAGAGAAUGCUGGCGCACUACGUGAUCGUCACAUGGAGGAUGAAGAGAAUGCUGAAGUGGAUCUUACUGGAGACGUUCCUGAGGUUGUCGUCCAGUCUCCAUCUUCUGCAGGUCAACCAGAGGAAAGCCCGAUUCAUGAGGAAGAAGUACAACAAGAUGACGAGCCCGAUGUGGAUGUGCUCGGCUACAAUCCGACAGCAUCGCACAUAAGCCCAGUACGAGAGCGGCCGCUGCCCACAUCGCCCGAUCUCAAUCUCAACUUUGACGAUUUCAAGGUACCGCCACCGGAACAGAGUAGAAGAAAUCACGGAAGUCCAUCCAAUCUAGGCUUCUUAGACCAAUACUCAUCUUCACCGCUAGCACGGCCGUCAAAUCCAACUCCUCGUCGUGGUCGAGGCGGUCCUUAUAGUAGCGAUGACACGCCUUCGCCGCAGCGUCUGAAGCCCGCAAAACGUUCUAGUGAGGAAGUAUCUCCUAGUAAAGACGAACAGCCGAUGCUCCGUCCAUCUAAUCCUACACCUCGCCGUGCCAAAGGCUCUACAGAUGUCGACACGCCACGACCGAAGAUUUCGCAUGGCAUUAAAACUGAACUUGAACAAGAAGAUGAUGGCGCCUACAUUCCUGUUAUCUCUCGGGAUGAUGACCCAACAGUACCACAAUCACCUCGACCACGCGUCACCACUAAAGACAUCCGUGAGCAUCGCGAAAAGGAACGUGCGUCAAAUGCCGUGAAGAGGGCUCAAAAGCCCCGUAACACUAUUCCACUACACCAGCCGCCCAGCGCAAUGGCUGUGAGGACGCAAGGUGAAGUUCCCGGGACAUGGCUUCCUUCUAUACGUGAGGGCCUAUCACCACACGUAAGCCCUGCGGCAGACACUACAAUAUACCGUGUUGCGGAAAGUCGCAAGCUUAACAAACAGCUUGAGGGUGAGAGGGAGGAGCGCCGUCUUUUUAGAAAGUAUAUCCCGGAGAAAGGCGAAGUUUUACAGGCGGUUGAUGUAGAGCAGUCCGCCAAGGAAGUGGACGUAGAAGGGAAGAAAGGAACUCCUCAGUCUCGCCCAGGAAAGGAACUAUCCCAGCUCAUCUCAAUCAGUUCAGGUAGCGAAGAAGACGAUGAAAUGGUACACUUCGAAGAGCCUCCCGCACCCAUCCAAGCCGCCUCGCCAGCAGUCAACCACGACAACCCACUGCCUGCCGCUGAGUCCUCUUCACCGAAGCCAAAACCAUUACCAAAGGCGGCGACCAAAGACCAAUCUCGAAGAUCGGCGGCUCCAAGCCCACCUGAGAGGCCUAGUCCGAAGGCUGCGAAGACGCCAGCGAGAACACCGGCUAAGAGAAAAGCUCUGCAGACUCCUGGGACGCGGAAAAGUGAGAGACUUGCCAAAAGAACGAAAGGUGAGAAGAAGUAGAUGCCAGUGGUACUGUGAGAUUGCUGGACAUAGUUUGCAGCGUUGAGGCGAUGUCGGGAGACGUUCGUAUACUUCACUUAGUGUUUUGGCAUCGCGAUCACACGAGUUUACCGUCCCAUACUGUUCUG